GGACGGCUGCCGGACAAAUCUCCCUCUCGCGUAAACCCAUAAACCCUACAAAUUUCAACGGCUUCUAGUUCUUCCCCCUUUCUCCUUCUCCUUCUACCUAGUUGCUGUUGGUAGACCAAAGAGGGAGUGAGAGGAUGGAGAGUCAGGAUCGGCAGUGCCAGGUCGACCUGGGGAACCUCAUGGCUUUCGACCCUCUCUAUCGUUUCACUCCUCCUCCCACAAGGGAAGAGGCGGCCCAGGAAUGCCUUCGAAAGGGGACUGAGCUGAUUCAGGCGGUGGCAGACGUCCUUUUUGCGCUCCCAUCGACCGAAGAUCUCGAUGGGCCGCUGGUUCAGCUUCCUCCUCCCACCACCAGGUUGCCCCGAGAGAAGCAUAUCCCAAGGUCGAAGCCUCCUACAAAAUGGGAACAGUUCGCUCAAAAGAAAGGAAUUAAAAAGCGUAAAAAGAGCAAGCUUGUUUUGGAUGCUCAAACACGUCAAUGGAAACGACGAUAUGGAUAUGAUCGUGCAGGAGAUGAUAAGAAUAUCCCAAUCAUUGAGGCCAAGGAAUCAGAUGAGCCAGGAGUGGAUCCCUUUAGCAAGAGAAAAGCUGAGAAGAGAAAACGUGUUGAAAAGCAAGAAAAGAACCGGCUGCAGAAUCUAAAGCAGGCUGCAAAAGUUGGUGCCUUGCCAAGCACUGUGCAACUUGCUGCAAGGGCAUUGCCUAUAACUGGCACGAAGGAACCACCCAAGAAAUUUACCAAGCAAGAGCUGGAGAGUACCGCUGGUUUAGCAGGAAUUGCUACAGCAAGUGGCGGCAAGUUUGAUAAGAAGCUGCCUGGGGAGAAACCUGCUAAACAUUCCGGAAAGCAUCGUAAAUUUCUUCCUGUUGUUGAAGGUUCUGGCAUUGGUGCGAAGGAAAAGCAACAAAGUGAUAAGAUUUUGAAGAGACUCCUUGAGAAGAACUCCCAUGAUAUACUCAACGUAGACAAGGCUGUUUCCAUGUUCAAUGUGAAGGAAGAACAGAAACGAAGGAAGCAGCGGGAAUCCAACUCCUCAUCCUCCAAAUUUAAACCGAAGAAGAAAGCUUUCAAAAAGUCCACAAAGAAAAGCGAAUAAGCCAUCGAAGGAAUUCAUCUUCUCUUUCUGCAUCUCCUCCUCCUUUUGAGAGCGCCACUUUAAUGCGGGAAUAUUUGGGAAAUGCUUUUGUUAUUUAUUUAACUUGUUAAGUAAAUCAUGUCUUGUUAAUUGUCUUUAUCUAAUGCCAUCAAAAUAUUUUGUUAUAGUAACACUAACAUGGUUCUUCAAGUCCUAUUUUUUUCUUA